AUGGAUUGCCAAAAGUACACAAAGAUGGAGUACCAACCAUUACGACCGAUUUUGGAUAUGUACAACUCGCCAUAUCAUGCCCUGGCAAAGUGGUUGGUCGAAUUGUUAGAACUAUCUCGAGUUAGUUUGGCAAAACACAGCGUCAAAGAUACAUUUACUUUUGUGGACAAGGUUCGUGACAUAAACUUGGUCGAUCGAACAAUGCUCUACCUGGACGUCAGCUCGUUGUUCACCAAUGUUGCCAUCAGCGAAAUGACUGAUUAUCUGUACAGUUAUGUACCACUUCACAAGCACUGA